AUGACAUCCACUUGUCCCAACAGCACGCGGGAGAGCAACAGCAGCCAAGCGUGCAUGCCCCUCUCCAAAAUGCCCAUUAGCCUGGCUCAUGGCAUCAUCCGCUCGAGCGUGCUGCUCAUCUUCCUCACCGCCUCCUUCAUCGGCAAUGUAGUGCUGGCGCUGGUAUUGCAGCGCAAGCCGCAGUUGCUGCAGGUGACCAACCGCUUCAUCUUUAACCUCCUCGUCACCGACCUGCUACAAAUUUCUCUCGUGGCCCCCUGGGUGGUGGCCACCUCCGUGCCUCUCUUCUGGCCCCUCAACAGCCACUUCUGUACAGCCCUGGUUAGCCUCACCCACCUGUUCGCUUUCGCCAGUGUCAACACCAUUGUUGUGGUGUCCAUAGAUCGGUAUCUGUCCAUCAUUCACCCUCUCUCCUACCCAUCCAAGAUGACCCAUCGCCGUGGUUACAUGCUUCUCUAUGGCACCUGGAUCGUGGCCAUCUUGCAGAGCACACCCCCACUCUAUGGCUGGGGCCAGGCUGCCUUUGAUGAGCGCAAUGCCCUCUGCUCCAUGAUCUGGGGGGCCAGCCCCAGCUACACCAUUCUCAGUGUGGUGUCCUUCAUCGUCAUUCCACUGGUUGUCAUGAUUGCCUGCUACUCCGUGGUGUUUGGUGCAGCCCGUCGGCAGCAUGCUCUGCUGUACAACAAGAGCCACAGCUUGGAGGUUCGCGUUAAGGACUGUGUGGAGAAUGAGGACGAACGGGGAGGAAGGAAGAAGGAUGAGUUCCAGGAUGAGAGCGAGGUCCACGGCCAGGAUGGAGGUGAGGUCAAGGCCAAGGAGGGCAGAGUGGAAGCCAAUGAGGAACCCCUGGAGGCCAAGGACAGCAGCCUGAAGGUCAAGGAAGGAAAUGUGGAGAUCAUCGAGGGUAUUGUGGAGGCUGGGGGCACCGAGGAGGUCAGUGACAGCAGAAUGAAGGGUAAGAAAGGUGGCACCAAAGUUGAGGACAGCAGCUUGAAGGCAGACAAGGACCGCAUAGAGAUUGGCCAGUGCAACAUCGACUUGGGUGAAGAUGACAUGGAGUUUGGGGAGGAUGACAUCAAUUUCAGUGAGGAUGAUGUCGAAGCAGUGAAUAUCCCAGAGAGCCUCCCACCCAGCCGUCGAAACAGCAACAGCAACCCUCCUCUGCCCAGGUGCUAUGAGUGCAAAGCUGCUAAAGUGAUCUUCCUCAUCAUUUUCUCCUACGUGCUAUCUCUGGGGCCUUACUGCUUUCUAGCAGUCCUGGCUGUGUGGGUGGAUGUCCAAACCAAGGUGCCACAGUGGGUGAUCACCAUAAUAAUCUGGCUUUUCUUCCUGCAGUGCUGUAUCCACCCCUACAUCUAUGGCUACAUGCACAAGACCAUCAAGAAGGAAAUCCAGGAUAUGCUGAAGAAGUUCUUCUGCAAGGAAAAGCCCCCCAAAGAAGACAGCCACCCAGACCUACCUGCAACCGAAGCUGGCACAGAGGGCGGGACAGAAGGCAAGAUUGUCCCUUCCCAUGAUUCUGCUACUUCACCUUGA